AUGCCUUCAACAUACCAAAUCCAAGCAAGUCUGCCUGUUUUGUCGUCGCCUGUCCUGUUCUUAGCCCCUACUGAGUCUUUCGAUCCUGAAAACCCUAAUAAAUCCUCAAGAAAAACUCCUUCCAAAGUCUUAGCCCUGAUAAAACACCUGAAGGAUGAAAACUCAACCAGUAAAUUAAUAGUUUUUUCACUAUUUGAUAAGAUGUUGGUAUUACUGGAAGAGCUGCUGAAAGACGCUGGCUUCAUCAAUACCUUGCGAUUGGAUGCAUCAACAGAUGUAAGGAAAACUGCUGAAAUGAUCAAAGAAUUUGAUGCAACAGGACCAGACACAGUUCUGCUUGCAAGUCUUAAGAGUCUAGGAGGUAGCAUAAACAUGACAGUUGCUUCCGAAGUUUACUUGUUGGAGCCAUGGUGGAACUCAGAAGUUGAGGAACAGGCAAUAGACCAUGUUCACCAAUAUGGACAGCAAGAGGAUGUAGAGAUUAUUAGAUUGAUUGCUGAAAAUACCAUUGAAGAAAGGAUAUUGGAGAUGCAGAAGAAGAAACUAGAAAAUGAAGCUUCUUGA